AUGAAUCACAAUCUGAAGCUGACUGCCACAAACUGCACCAAGAUCAACGUUGCAAGUCUACUUGCCCUGUCAUUGGAGAAGAACCCCCUGCGGUUCUGGCUCGAGGGGGGAAAGGUCACAAAGCUCUGCCCACAGGAGGCUGAGCAGGUGUGGACUCUCAACAUCAAGAGGUCCAUUCUGAGCAUGUUCCAGACCUCGCACUCGGGACGAGCCAGGGAGACAAUCAGAGAGAAUGAUGUGUAUGGGACAUGUAUGAGUUCUUAUGAACAGAGGGGACUGUCGCUGGUGAAGAGCCGAAGCCUCCAGCAGUGCCUCAGUGACAGAAUCGAUCAGUUUUGGAGGCACUCUGUCCCCCUGAAGGAUGGCAUGACGGUGAGUGCCGGCCUCACAUGCAUCCAGCUCUAUGAUGGAACAAUGCUGAAGAAGGUCAACUGUACAGAAACAGUGUCACUGGUUCCACUGCCAGGCCUCUUAGAAGUAACAGAAACUAAAACCAUUUCAAGCCUGACUCUCCUGAGAACCCUUGAAGUGAUUCCAUCGGAUUUGGGGCAGCACGCCGGUUACUUGGCCAGUAUUGUGUUUGAGGCUGAAGGCCAAAUCUCAGGCAGACAUGGUGGACCAUCAGUUCAAGAGGUUUCCAACACAGUGAGGAGGUUGUGUGCUCAUCUCGCAAAUCAGCAACAGCAAUCAGAGCUUCUCCUGAAUCUGGUGCUCCAGUUGAGAACCUUGUCAUCCCAUCAGUUGAGAGACUUGUGGCAUGAGGCCUCCUUCAAAUGUCGAGAUGACUGGCAGCCCCUUCUAGAUACUCUGUCAGCCUGUGGAACUGAGGAUUGCAUCCUUGUCACUACAGACCUCAUACUCAACAAAGAAGUGGACCACGAACAAAUCCUACCUCUCCUCAAUACUAUCAGUUUUGCUUCCCACCCUACUUCAUCCAUGAUUAGCCACCUUAGUGCUUUGCUGCAGAUACCUCUUAUCCAUCCAAAAGCACUGCUGGUUGUGUCUUCACUGGUCCAUGGUCUUUGUCAACAGGAACAGGGUCCAUGUAACGAAAUCUCUGAAGUCCAACAGUUCGUCCAUGUUCUGAAUCAGAGUCUUGAUGCAGGAUGUGAAGUGGAUGAUCAUUUGCAGAUCACAGAGCUGCUGCAUGUGUUGAAAGCAGUGGAGAAUGCAGGAGCGGCUACAUCAGAUCUCAUCCCCACACUGAGCCGCUGUGUGCAGAAUCAGUCUGUGCCACUGGAGCUUCGGCUGGCAGCUGUACGAGCAUUCAGGAGAAUCCCAUGCCAUCAUGACAGGACAACUCUUGCUCGGGCAUUUCAAAGCCAGCAGGAGAAUGUGGAGGUCAGAAUCGCAGCAUAUCAGCAGCUCAUGCACUGUCCAAACCAGGAGAUUUUCACAAUUGUGAAGACAACUUUAAGCAUUGAGAAGUCUAGUCAAGUUGGGUCGUUUGUUUGGAGUCAUCUUUUCAAUAUCCAGAAAACAGAAGAUCCUCUGAAAAAAGACCUGAUGGAGUCACUGCCAGAUGAUAUCAUAAGUAAAGACUUUGAAGCUGAACCAUGGAAAUAUUCCUCACAUAUGGACUACACAGUGGACACAGGAGUGGCUGCUGCUAACAUCGAGGGAGCUUUAGUUUUCUCCCCUGAAUCUUUUGUUCCACGUUAUGCUAUGGCAAAUCUGACAGUUCACGUCCUAGGCAGAGCAUUCAAUCUUCUGGAGAUUAGCCUAAGAAUGGAAAACCUAGAGCCUGUUCUGAAGAAAAUCUUUGAGGAGCAUCCUCUAGCAUCAGCUGAACUCUCCAGACCUAAGGGUCGAACAGACUCUAUGAGACAUGAACAGAAAGGACGAAACAGAGAUGAGGAACAAGGAGGCAGUGAUGGCUGUCAGUCCACAGGUUUGAGUUCCAUCAAGACUAAGGGUCAAGAGAUUAAAAUCAGUCAGAGGCCUAUUGUUCUGGCAGAGGAGCUGAUUUUGCCAUCUCUCUCUGGAUUACCCAUGAGGCUAAGCAUCAACAUGUCCACUUUGUUCUCCCUCAGAAUUAAAGGCAUUGCUAACUAUAAGAAUUGGUCACAUUUCUCACUGGCUGGCUAUGUCAAACCAAAUGCAUUGGUUGCUAUCUCCGUGAGAGCUGGAGUGGAUGGAGCGUUUGGUCGUGUGGGAUUAGAGUGGGUCACUCAACUCAAAACCUUCACCAGCUUGGAUGGAGCUGUAUAUCUGCAUCAUGGCCAGAGCCUGAAGGUGGUUCUCAAUACUCCAGAAGAUGUCAUGGAUGUACUGACCUUCAACUCCAGAAUGUAUCGUGUGAGUGGGGAAAGUAAAGAGGAGCUCAUAGCUACAAGAAAUCUCAAGGAGAAGAACACUUGCACUCCUAAAGCAUGGUCUAAGAUGGUUGGAUGGCAGUUAUGCUCUGAUAUCAUUUAUCCUUUGACACUGAUGGGAAAAGGCUUCCCACCACUGGACCCCGUUCUUUUUACUCUCAGACUCCAAAAACUAGACACUGAUCUCAACCAGUACCUCUUGGAGGCAGCCUAUACUUUUGUACCCCAGCGUAAUUCCUGGAUGCCACUGGAAGCCACUCUGCUUCUCUUUCUUGGCACACCGCAGUCCACUAUCCCCAGACAUGUGUCCCUAGAUGUCAAUCUCAGUCCAAAAAGGCUGAUUCUGAAAAUAACACAUCCCCUAAAAACCAUUCACAUUCAAGCGCAGCUUGAAGAAAUAAACAACCAACAUUCAGGCAGAAUCGAACUACUGAUAGACAACAUCCACCAUUAUUUUAUCAAGGGACUACUGGAGACAGUGAAUCUUGCUUCAGAGACGAGAGCCCACGUUCAUCUUGAUGCCAAAGUAGUAGCAGAUGGGCAUCCAUUCUCCCUCUCAGUCAACACCACACAUGCUCGCAGCAGGAAGUUCAUAAUACAGGCCUUGCUUAAAAAUGUCUUCAGUAAGGAUGCAUCGCUCUCAGCUUCAGUGCUUCAGUUUGACUAUUAA